AUGAGCCUUCGCGACCUGGUCGAGGGUGAGGCGAUCAUGGACGAUGAUGAGAAUGAUGAGGAGCUUCCCGAUGACUACGAUGGUGAGGUCCGCCAGGGCGCGGGGACUACAAACCAUUACAAUGACUCCAGCGAGGAAGAAGAUGAAGAGGAGGAUGACGAGGAGGCCGCUCGCGCCGUUCGCGAAGGCUUCAUCGUUGACGAAGAUGAGGAGGACGAACGCGCCCAUCGCAAACACAAGAAACGUCCCCGUGCUGCUCGUGAAGAAGAGCACCUAGACGAAGACGAUUUGGAACUCAUUGGGCACACCCCAAGCCAUCAACGAGGACCAACCACAGAGUCGAAAUUCAAGCGCUUGAAGCGAGGCAAGGAUCGCGAGAGCCAUCAACCGUCCCACGGCGUCGAUGAUAUUUUCAACUCAGACGAAGAAGAGGAAGCACAGCAAUACGCCCGACCAGGCCAGCGCCGCGUGAUGCGCGAUGAGAUGGACGAUUUCAUCGAGGAGGACACUUUCUCCGACGACGAGGCUCAGCGUGAGCGAGAUGACCUUGAGGUUGCGCCUGCGUCAAGAGUCAACAAGACUGGACUCAUUCCGACUGACACAUCGGGCUUGGACGAAAAUGCGCUUGAGGAUAUGCGUGCUGCAUUUGGUGACGGCACCGAGUACGACUUCGCAUUGCAGAUGGAAGAUCAAGAGGAUGCGGACAAACAGACCGAAGAACGUCAUCUCGAUUUAAAGGACGUCUUUGAACCAUCCGAACUAGCCGAGCGGAUGUUGACCGAAGACGAUAAUGAAAUUCGUCUCGUCGAUGAACCCGAGCGCCACCAGGUUGCUCGCAAGCCAUAUAAACAUGUCACUUUGACUGAGGAUCAGUUCCGGGAGGAAGCCGUCUGGAUCUCAAACUUGAUGUUGCUAAAGAAGCGCAUGGAGCCUGAAUUACGGGAACCUUUCCAGCGUUCCGUUGCUAAGAUGUUGGAGUUUUUAAUCACUGAUGAUUGGGAAGUGCCGUUUAUCUUCCAACACCGCAAGGACUACAUGAUCCAUGCCGUUAAGGAUAUGGAUGAAGCCAACCAGGGCGACGAUUCCGCUCAAUACAGAAUCCGCGCCGAGAAGCUUCUGAACAUGACCGAUCUAUGGGACAUAUUCGACUACGACCUCAAAUUCCGCGCUUUGGUUGAUAAGCGCGGUACGAUUCAAAAGUCUUAUGACAGCUUGCGUGAUCUCUUCAACGUUAACGACUCCAAUGUGGAGGAUCUACUUGCUGCUGCCGCCAGCAUGGAGGAGCUUCAGGACGUGCAAGAUUACAUUCAUUUCCAAUACUCCUCACAGCUACGCGAUUUGAACCAAUUGAAUGGUGAAGCCAAUGGAGAGACACAACGACGCAAAGCAACUGGUCGAUCAUUCUUUGAGCGGGUUCGAAAUGGCAAGGCUUACGGCAUGGUGCGUGCCUUCGGAAUCACUGCAGAUGCCUUUGCUCAGAAUGCCUCCAAAGAUGGUCGCCGACAAUACACCGAAGAUCCGUCUGAGCACCCCGAGGGGAUGGCGGAUCAGUUUGUCGACAAUGACUUUUCCAAUAGCUCGCAUGUUCUGAAGGCCGCAAAAACCAUGUUUGCCGAAGAGCUUGCCCUUAGUCCCAAAAUGCGCAAGGUCAUUCGACAGGCUUAUUACAUGAACGGAGUUGUCGACUGUUUCCGCACAGAAAAAGGGCUUCGCCGGAUUGAUGAACAACACCCUUACGCUGAAUUCAAAUAUCUGCGGAACCAACAGCUUAGUGACAUUGCUCGCCGCCCAGAAAUGUUCUUGCGCAUGCUCAAGGCCGAGGAAGAAGGAUUGGUCGAUGUUCGGGUCCGCUUUGAAAAUUUUGAUCAAUUCCGCUCUCGUCUAUACGCCGACAUCGAGUCAGACAACUACAGCGAAGUUGCUGAUGCAUGGAACCGUGUCCGUCGCGACGUGCUGGACUUGGCUCUUGGAAAAUUGGAGAAGUUGAUCAAUCGUAGUGUCAAAGAAAACAUUCGCCAGGAAUGUGAGAACCAUGUGGCCAAGGAGUGCCGUGAAGCGUUCUCACAGCGCCUGGAUCAGGCACCUUAUAAACCGAAGGGCAUGGUCCUCGGCACUGUGCCCCGUGUUCUCACCCUGUCCACGGGAUCCGGACAAGUGGGUAGGGAUCCCAUUCACUGGGCGUACACAGAAGAAGAUGGUCGUGUCUUGGAGAAUGGCAAGUUCGUCGAUCUUUCAUUGGGAGAUGAGAGCCGUGGAAUUGCAGAUGGCGCCAACGUAGCCGCUUUCGUGGAUUUGAUUGAUCGCCGUCGACCGGAUAUCAUUGGUGUCUCGGGAAUGACGCCAGAAACACGCCGUCUAUAUAAGCUUUUGUCUGAGCUUGUCGAGCAGAAGGAUAUGCGCGGCGCCUCCUACACAGAUGACCGCGAUGAAGAAGUCAGUGACCCGUUGGAGGUGGUCAUCGUCAACGAUGAGGUUGCCAGGUUGUAUCACAACAGUCCUCGUGCCAGAAGCGACAACCCUGGCUUCGGGCCGUUGACCCAUUACUGCGUGGGUCUGGGUCGCUACUUGCAAAGCCCGCUCAAGGAAUAUGCAUCCUUGGGCCGUGAUAUUGUCUCCAUCCAAUUCAAGCCAGGCCAGCAAUUAGUAUCUCAGGAUCUGCUUCUCAAGCAGCUGGAAACCGCUUUAGUGGACAUGGUCAACCUUGUGGGUGUCGAUCUUAACGAGGCAGUGGCCGACACAGCGACCGCCAAUCUCUUACCGUAUGUCUGUGGUCUUGGACCUCGAAAGGCUGCUCACCUGCUCAAAAUUGUCAACAUGAACGGCGGCGUUGUUAACAAUCGAGUGGAAUUGCUUGGUGUCAACGCCCAAUACCCGGCCAUGGGUGUCAAGGUCUGGAACAACUGUGCCAGUUUCGUUUAUAUCGACUUUGAAAAUGCCGAUCCAGAUGCCGAUCCACUGGACAACACUCGUGUACACCCCGAAGACUAUGACAUUGCACGCAAGAUGGCUGCCGAUGCUUUGGAGUUGGACGAGGAAGACAUCAAGGCCGAGAAUGAUGAGAAUGGCACAGGUGCGAUCAUGCGGAAGCUCUUCCGCGAGGAGGCACAGGAUCGUGUCAACGAUCUGAUUCUGGAAGAGUAUGCAGAGCAGCUGGAGAGGAAUCUCAACCAGCGCAAGCGUGCUACUCUUGAGACAAUCAGAGCUGAAUUGCAACAGCCAUACGAAGAAUUGCGUAAGCAAUUCGUUUUCCUCGGCACAGACGACAUCUUUACAAUGCUCACUGGUGAGACGCCUGAAUCUCUCACGGUUGGUAUGGUGGUACCUAUUGCCAUCAAGCGGGUGUUCGACGACCACAUUGAGGCCAAGUUGGACUGCGGGGUGGAUGUGCUCGUGGCCGAAACCGAACUUGGUCUUGACCAUCGAGUUCAAGUGCGCAACGUAUACCAGCCCCACCAGACUGUCCCUGCCAAGAUACUAUUCCUCAACCGCAAGACAUUCUCUUGCAAUGUGUCUCUGCGUGAAGAGCAGGUCACUCAGCCAUCUCGCCGAAACCCAGACCAUGGCUUUGGCGACUGGGACGACCAGCAAGAGCGAGCUGAUAAGGAGUCAUUGCAGGAGACAACACAGCGCGGUGGCCAGGCCAUGCGUGUUAUCAAGCACCCACUUUUCCGGCCUUUCAACUCAACGCAAGCUGAGGAAUACCUGGGCUCCCAGAGCCCUGGCGAUGUUGUAAUCCGGCCGUCCUCCCGGGGCCACGAUCACUUGGCCGUCACCUGGAAGGUGGAACAAGGUGUGUAUCAACACAUUGAUGUUCUUGAACUUGAUAAAGAGAACGAGUUCUCUGUCGGUCGUGUCCUUAGGGUCGGUGGUCGUUACAGUUACAGCGAUCUGGACGACCUGAUCGUCAACCAUGUCAAGGCGAUGGCCAAGAAGGUGGGCGAGAUGGUUCUGCACGAAAAGUUCCAGAAAGGCAACAAAGCCGAGACGGAUCAAUGGCUCGAGACCUACACCAAGGCUAACCCUCGCCGUUCGGCAUAUGCCUUCUGCAUCAAUGCCAAAUACCCCGGUUACUUCUACCUAUGUUUCAAGGCAGGCGAACAUGCACGACUUCAAAACUGGCCCGUCAAGGUUAUUCCUCAGGGCUAUGAACUGCAAAAGAACCCUUACCCGGACAUGAAUGCUCUGUGCAAUGGCUUCAAGCUGAUGUUCAGUAACAUGAGCAAGGGUGGUCGGAGAUGA